AUGCCCCCCGACCCCACCUGGACCUGGAGCUUUGCAGCGGUGGCGCAGCCAGAUGCGGCAAGCACAAGAAAAGGAGGUGCGCGAGAUCGGGAUGCCCGACCAGACACCCCGGUCGACGAUGCGAGAAUGCGGGUUAUCGGAGAGGGGUCCGCGCCCAGAUGCAUCCGCUUCACCAGUGUGAUUGGCGCAGUCACCCUGUGUGGUAGCAAUAGGCGAGGCUCUCUGAGCGCUUCGCAGCAAGACCGAGUCAUCCAAACAAACCGACGGCUGCGGCGCAACUAG